CGAGUGUAUGUGAAACGGCUCUACCAACAACCAGUACAGAUGGCGGCAGUGGGUCCGUCCAAGUCGAGGGCGUUGUACUAUGAGAUGCAGCUCCGCGAAGCGCUGCUGGCGUCGGACAACGUGCACGCGUUGUUUGACAAGGAGCGCCGUGUGCAGCGCUGUAUCCGGCUGGCGGACGAACUAUGUGGCGACUUGACGGUGUUUGGACCCAUCCUUCAUACGAUCUUGGUCGAGCUCAAAGCUGCCAUCUUCAGGUGUAGUGUCGUUGUUAUGUCAAAUUGUCAUGUUGAAACGGGCGGGGCUGAUAGCGACGAGUCGCUGGCUCGGGGCUUCUUCGGCUGUGGCGUGUUUUCUGACACGGCGACGGUGGCCGACAUCCAGGCCAGGACAUCAUAUCGCGAGAUUCCGUGCUUUGUCCUGCUGGACGUUGCGUACAGGGAACGCACAAGUGUACUGCAGGCCAAGGCCGAAUUCCAAUCGUUGCAAGAGCACGCCUUAGCCAAGCAUACGAAUGUCCUUGUGAACGAGCGGUUGCUGCGAAAGGAAGUCAACAUCACCAUGGGGGAACUGGCCGACACUCAGGCUCAAGUAGCGCGUUCCAAGCUCGCGUUCGAAUCGUUGCAAAUGGAAGCCAAGCAGCAGCGACGUGACAUGGCAUCGUCGACUCUGUAUCUGCAGCGAGAAAUGCAAGCCAUGAGCGUGGCUAUCACCCAAUACCAAGCGCAGAUCCGAGAGCUCCAGCGCGAACGUGCGACGUCCGACUCGGUUCGAAAGGACUUUGAGAGCGUGCGGUUGAUGGCGUCGGCUUCCCCACCCUCCACGCAUGAUGCAGCUACCAAGGAGUUGCUCCAAACGUUGCAAACCGACAUGCAAUUGCUCCUGCUUCGAAACGCACGGUUGCGCGAGUAUGACAGUGACAUUAUACGGUGUAGUCCAGACAUGCGCCACAAAUUUCGCCAAGAUUUUGUGCACGAUAUUGGGUCGUUGCUGAACGAACAUGCCGUGUUGGAAGCGUAUGUGAAAGAGCAGGAAGCUGCUAUUGGUGACGUGGCAAGCACCAUCCAAGUACCGCAUCGGACGCUCUUGGUGCACAAUCCACCAGUGCCCGACACGGUGUUAUGGGCACCCUUUGUCAAGUGGCAUCCCGAGCCCAUUCCAAAGUGCAUUCCAACGUGGACCGUCGGCGAUUUGGAUGUGUUGUUUACCCAAUUGUGGGUGAAAAUCGCAAUGGUGGAACGAAAGUGGGUCCGGUGGACGCUAGAACACGAGCGAGACAAGCAAACGUCCUCGUUGGACAACAACCACGCCAGCGACGUGGUUCCCAUCACGCAAGUGUGCUUUGACUUCGUGGAAGAUCGGUAUGGCGAGCGUCGGGUGGCCGUGCUGGUCAUGGCGUCGAUUCUACAGGCCAUCGAUCGCCACGUUGAGGAAAGUCCACAGCUGGACCUGUUUGGGUCGGUGUUUGCAGGGGAAGUGGAUCAAUCUGCGUGGUGGUACUUGAUGACCGUGAAACGACAUGUGGCGCAACUAGAGCUCGACAUCACGACGGACCAAGCACUGCGGGUCGUGGGGCAGUUCCUCUUGCUUCCACAGGCCGAUGUCAACGCCGUGGAGGUUUGUUUGGACGAGUAGUCCAAGCAUAUUUGCAUAAGAAUCGGUGCACUUCCUCUACGUAGAGCCAAGCUCUGGACGCGUUCGUGACGGCAGUGCACAUGCAAGUUCGCGGUAUGUCAUAUAUACCAAUGGAUGACAAGACACAGUCGGUAUCAAUGAUGUAGGCGAGUUGACGACGUCGAAAUUCUUCGACUGGCUCGCCACACGCAUCCUCACGGCCGAUGAGUUCCACUUUCGAACGGCCAAACAUGUACUGUGUCGCAACGAUGGAGCCAAAAUGAAGGAGCUGACGUUGGUUGAAUUCUCCAAAAACGUGUUGGAUUGUGUGCAUUUGCCACGUGCACUUAUUGGUCGAUACUUUCGAGCCCUAUGCGGCGAAGCGCGAGAUACAGCCUCCGUGGAGAGUGUAGUGUACAUGCUAGCAUAUAUUCACUUAGUUCAACCAGGUGGUUAAAACGUUGUUUAUCAAUAAUGCCAACGAAGCGGUGCAUCUGGU